ACGCAUGUCAAAUGUUUAAGAAUGUGUAGAUGCACCGUCACGUGGUGCAGCUCUGAAUCAUAGACUGGACCUCACCGAGCUGUCUCUCCCAUUCAGGCGCCGGGGCUCGGGCAGCGAACACCAGCGGUCGCUCCCUCUCAGAAACGCUGCCUCAAACAGCUUGGAUCAGUCGCCAUGGCGAUAACUGCUCUUUUGGUUAUAGCUGCAACCGGUUACAGGGAGAGCUUGUAGGGAAUUUCCUCUCUGUUAAGCUCUGUGUCCUGAAUCCGCAGCUGUCUGCAUCAGCAAAGUGUCUUGGCAUCACUUCUCGUCCUUUCUCCGGAGUCAUGUGAAAGGGGUCCAGGGUGGUUGCUCUCGCCGUAGACCGAACCCUCCUCCCCGUCUGCGAGGACGUCCUCUCCCCGACAGCCGCAGUGGCGUAGUGUCCCUGUCUCCGCUGCCCCCUCCCCGGUUCGGUCCGGUUUAUCAACCUGCGCCUCUUCGGCGUACGGCGGAGCCGAGGAUGAGCGAGCAAGGGAAGGGCUCGGCAUCCACCUCCACCGCGGCCCCAGCUCCGGGGUCGGACACCUACAAAGGCUGGCUCUUUAAAUGGACUAACUAUCUGAAAGGGUACCAACGGCGAUGGUUCGUCCUUAGCAAUGGCCUACUUUCCUACUACAGGACACAGGCAGAGAUGGCGCAUACAUGUCGAGGAACUAUAAACUUGGCCACAGCACACAUCGACACAGAGGACGCCUGCAACAUUGUGUUGAGCAGCGGCGGUCGCACAUACCACCUGAAGGCGAGCACUGAAGUAGAGCGGCAGAGAUGGGUUACUGCGCUGGAGUUGGCUAAAGCUAAAGCCAUCCGCAUGAUGAAUGAUCAGUCUGGUGUUGUGACCCAGUCCUCGUGCACAAACUGCUCCAGUUGUGUCAGGUUUGAAGGGCGCCCUCUCCGGACGCCCUGUUUCAGCUCCUUCCACAGACGUUCAGCAGGAUUUAGAUCAGGGGUCAUUUCAGAUGACUCAGGAGAUGAGGAGCCCACAUCGCGGUCGGACCGCAGCGAGAUCCAGGGUACCUUGAAGAUACUUGUCAGCAAGCUUGAUGACCUCGGCACUUGUAAUGACCUAAUCGCCAAGCAUGGAGCCGCCCUGCAGCGUUCCCUCAGUGAACUGGAAGGACUGAAAGUCCCAUUGGAGGGAGGGGAAAAGAUCAAGGCAGUUAACGAGAGAGCCACCCUUUUCCGCAUCACUUCCAAUGCUAUGAUCAAUGCAUGUCGAGACUUUUUGGACCUAGCUGAGACUCACAGCAGAAGAUUGCAGCGGGCGCUGCAAUACGAGCGAGAGCAGCGUACCCACCUAGAGGAGACGAUCGAGCAGCUCGCGAAGCAGCACAACAGCCUUGAGCGAGCGUGGAGAGAAGCACCCACUCAUGCUUCCAGCACAUCCAGUGCCCCAACCACCAGUCAGAGGAGUGAAAGGGUGAACAAAGAAGACGCAAGUGACGAAGAUGAAGAUACUGAGUACUUUGAUGCCAUGGAUGACUCCACUGCGUUCAUAACAGUGACUGCCAGCGAAAACACGCAAUACAAGCGAUCUCAGAGUAAUUUAAGUGGAGCAAGCGGAGGCCAGGCCAGCGACUGGAACCAGGAAGACCAUAUGUCUCCGAUCUGUAAUGAUGUCUCAGCGAAGGAGCCGCUGCGACACAGGCAAAGGCGGACCCAAAUCCCAGACAAACCCAAUUAUUCCCUAAAUUUAUGGAGCAUCAUGAAGAACUGCAUUGGCAAGGAGCUCUCUAAAAUCCCGAUGCCUGUGAACUUUAACGAGCCCCUGUCGAUGCUGCAACGUCUCACCGAGGACCUGGAGUAUCACGAGCUUCUAGACAAGGCGGCGUGCUGUGAGUCUUCCCUGGAGCAGAUGUGCCUAGUUGCGGCCUUUUCCGUUUCCUCGUACUCCACCACCGUCCACCGCAUAGCCAAGCCCUUCAACCCCCUCCUGGGAGAGACCUUCGAGCUCGACCGCCUGGAGGAAUUUGGCUACCGCUCACUGUGUGAGCAGGUGAGCCAUCACCCGCCUGCAGCUGCACAUCACGUGAUUUCCCGAAGAGGCUGGACCUUGAGGCAGGAAAUCACCGUUGCCAGCAAGUUCCGUGGCAAAUACCUCUCCAUUAUGCCUCUGGGUGCCAUUCACCUGCGUUUCCACUCCAGCGGGAACCACUAUGUGUGGCGAAAGGUCACAUCCACGGUGCACAACAUCAUUGUGGGGAAACUGUGGAUUGACCAGUCAGGAGACAUUGAAAUCAUCAACAACACGACAAAGGAGAUGUGCCAGAUGAAGUAUAUACCUUACAGUUAUUUCUCCAGGGAUGUCCCACGAAAGGUAACGGGUGUGGUAACAGACAGUGGAGGCCAGGCUCAUUACAUCCUCUCUGGUACAUGGGAUGAAAAAAUGGAAAGUGCUAAGAUCAUUCAUAGCAGCGAAGGGGCCAACGGAUCAGAAGGAAAGCAGAAGACAGUCUAUCAGACCUUACCUCCCAAACUCCUGUGGAAGAAAUACCCUCUACCGGAAAACGCUGAGAACAUGUACUACUUCUCUUCUCUGGCUCUGGUGCUGAACGAGCCGGAGGACGGGGUGGCGCUGACCGACAGCCGGCUGAGACCCGACCAGAGGCUGAUGGAGGAAGGCCGGUGGGACGAGGCGAACGCUGAAAAACAGAGGCUAGAAGAGAAACAAAGAGCUGUGAGACGGCGAAGGGAAGCAGAGGCCACAGGUGCACUGGAUGAAGGCAAAAACUAUGAAGGCUACCAGCCGCUGUGGUUUCACCAGAGGAGGGACUCGAUCACUGGAGAGGCAAACUUUGUGUACAAGGGAGGUUACUGGGAGUCGAAGGAGAGAGAGGACUGGAGCAUGUGCCCUGAAAUCUUUUAGCUCAGGAGCUCGUCUCGGAUGACACCGACCUCACCGGACAAGGAGCCGCCCGGCCUCUGGGCUGCGGGCUGUAGAACAAAGCCGGCUUAUGACCACCACAAGGACCUAUAGAAGUGUGAGAAAGUGUGUUUCACACAAUAUCUGAUUACACAUUACCUCCAAAAGUGUUUUGUUUAUUUUGAACUUAGAAGACGGGGCGUUCCCUCAGCAGUCCUCCCUGCACAGUGCUGAUUCUCUGCUGCUCCUCUAAUAAACUCAGUGCACUUUUCCAGAAUUCACUCCACUACAGACUAACAGCAGCUGGACAGAAAUUUCAUAUGAAUGCCGAUUCUUACUGGUCUGAAGAAAUUAUCAAGAGCCACACUGAAACACAACAGUGUUGAAUACACACGUCAGUGUUUCCUCUGAAAGACAAACAUCUUCACAUGUCAAUCAGUAAAACCCUUAAUCUCAGUAAUCCCAGUUAACUAUAAAACCUAAUUAUCUCCCUGAUUACAUGGAGAAGAUUACAAUCAGGUUGAUUUUAAAAAUAGUGAUAAGACUUAUUAUAUGCUAUACACUGAACUACUGAAUAGUUUAAAAUGCAGAUCAGACAGCUCAAGUGCAAUUAUAGGAAAAUCAUUAGAGAGGAAAACUGAAUUUUGAAGUAAAUAGUUUUUAAAGUAUGAACGCCAGGCUGCCAAAAAACUCUACUACAGUAUAUUAAAUAAGUAAAUAAUUAAGUGAGUUAGUCAGAUUUUGUACAAAUAAUUUUUUUAUUUAAUUAAUUUGAUAUAUCACAUGCCAGAAAGCUAUUUUAUUUGAAGUGAAAGUUGGUGUUUCUCUUAACCCAUGAGUAUAGAGAUGCAGUUUUUAUUUUUAGGAGACCCUUUAUGUAGUCAGAGCAAAAUGACAUUUGAUGGAUACUUUGUAUAAAUAUUUUAAAUUAAAGUUGCCUCUUUGAUCUGUCAUCCAAAGAUCCUUCAGAUAUUUUUCCAUUUGUGAUUGCGAUUAGCUAAAUUAUAUAAGAGUGGUGGAAACAUUUAGGUGGCACACAGUAUGUUCUGCAUUAGUGCCAGAUCAAAACAUUUAUUUCACAUUUACUGAACUCUUCAUUAAGACCUUUAAAGCACUUUUUGCUGUGGUUUACUGGUUCUGUGCUUCUCAACUUGUGAGUUGAGAAACAUGGCAGCCAUAGAAUAAUUUUUGAACGAUGGAGAAAACAAUAGAUCAAAGGUUUUUACAUAUCGGAGUUGAAACUGUUUGUAAUCACCUUCACCAAUGUUAUGUCACUAAAUGAGGGCCGGUCAUUUCACCUCUUUGCCAAUUCUUAUCUUUGAAGCUUCGAUAAUUUAAUUUAUUCUGUUGAAGGAUAUUUUGCACCAAACAUGUUUCAGUUUCUACCCACCUGGAGAGCGUUUCAUACCUGCUUUGAUGACAAAUGGUUUAAAGUCAAUUCUGUAAUAAACAGAAAUGACUUUAUUGUAGAAAUUAUUGAUAUAUUGUUGUAGAAAUAAUAUAUUGCUCAGGGCCUCCGGAGGUCCCAGUCCGCCAUAUUUUAUCAGCUUAAUGGCCUACAUUAAAUCAAUAUGAAUAGAAAAUGGGUUUAAUUUCAAACUCUGUACAUAUACAAUCAUACAUGGGAGUUCACCAUUUCAUAACUAUCCCCAUAAUUUAUUAUAAUACCUAAUAAUCAAAACAAAAAUAGAAAGCUGUGCAGUGGUUAGGGUGUAUGACUAAAAUUAUUUUUGUUUUUUAACAAGUUAUGAUGGAAUGUCAUGACUAGGUGUAGGUAAACAUGCAGAUUUGAAUUGAUGAAGUUGUGAAUUAACCUGUAGCCUCCUGAAUAGAUUUUAAUUGUCAGAUUUAAACAGAGGGUGUAACUCAAGGGUUUAUCUGAUCGUAGAAUCAAAAACCUUUUCAUUUUUGCACUUUUUUCUCAUUGACUUUAGAGCAACCAUUUUCACUUGUGCCAACAAUCACAGGCGUCAACCACGAUGUCGAAACUCUAAAAGGUUGUGAACCGCUGGACUAAAAGUGAGUGCAGAUGGCCUGAAUUGAUGUUUAGAAAUCUCCCCUCUGUGCAUGUUCUUUACCUUGUUUUCUGGUGCUCACACACAGCCUCGCCCUCUGUAACCCCGUGGUGAUUGUACAAAAAAAACAAAUCUGCACCUUAUCACUGACGCGUUUGUUGGUUAUCAGAUCAUUCAGCCUGCGACUUGUUGGUGUUUCUUACUCGAAUCCCACCAACUCUUCCAUCAGCAGUGGCUCUGAGACUAGAGGGAAUCCCGCCUGUGUGUGAGCCUGGAGCGGUCUGCACGCGGCGCUGCAGGGGGAAUCAGCUGACAGGCGGGUAAAGAUGGUUGCAGAGGCAGACAGGGCUGGUUCCUGUUGCACUCCACUGUGUGGUCGGCUGCAGCCACAGAGGACUGUCUCAGCUGCUGCUGCUGCUUUGACACCAAAUCACAACUCCUUCACUGUUUGCGAACAUGCUGAUCUGGGAUCAGCACACAAAGAUACACAGAGUCUUUUUGCCUUUAACUGACUGAAUAAGGGAACGAGUCCCCUGACCUGUGCACUACGAGUCUAUGGUGACAAGAGUUUAAAAAAAAAAUUAGUAUUUUUUUGUAAUUAUUAUUAGGAAUGUAGAAAUCAUGGCUGGAGGUAAUUGUACCUACUGUCUAGUCAAUUUGUGUGAAUAUUUUGUCAUAAUAUUGUAAAAAUGAUGAAUAGUUCUACUAAACUAUGUAUGAAGCAUCUGUACAGAAAUUACAGAGAGCCUGAAGGAUUUAUUGUCACUUUUAACUUCUAACCUGAACUGAUUCUGUCUGAGUUAACCCUGAGAAACCUGUAAUUUGGCCAAAAAACUGUCUUAACACAAUAAAAUGUGCUUUUGAUAGAGUCCUUAAGGCUCACAUGUUAGAAAUGUUUUACUCUGAUGUGAUGAUGUGGAGAAAAUAAUAUUUUCCCAUUUGUCCUGAUUGAUUGAAGAAGAUUUUUGGUUUGAGAAUACAAGAUCAUAAAAUGA